AUGAUGGGUUACUCUUCAAAAUUCUAUCUUGUUUUGCUUAUGUCCAUUUGUGGAGUGGUUUCUUGGGCUUCCCCCAUUGGAGAUCAGAAGAGAGACAGAAUUACUCAGCUGCCAGGACAGCCAAAGAAUGUGGGGUUUGCUCAGUAUUCUGGCUAUGUGAAUGUGAACGAGCAAAGUGGGAGAGCAUUGUUUUACUGGUUGGUGGAGGCACCGGUGAGUCGUGGACCAAGGUCAAGACCACUAGUGUUGUGGCUCAAUGGUGGCCCUGGAUGUUCCUCUAUUGCUUACGGUGCAUCCGAGGAAAUUGGUCCUUUUCACAUUAGACCUGAUGGCAAGUCGCUUUACUUGAACCCUUAUGCUUGGAACAAGGUGGCAAAUGUCCUGUUCCUUGAUUCUCCUGCUGGUGUUGGUUUUUCAUAUUCGAAUAAAACAACAGAUCUGUAUACAUUUGGUGACCAGAGAACAGCUGCUGAUGCAUAUGCUUUUCUUGUUAAUUGGUUUGAAAGAUUUUCUCAGUAUAAGCAUAGAGAAUUCUACAUUGCCGGAGAAAGUUAUGCAGGUCAUUAUGUUCCUCAGUUGGCCCAAAUUGUUUACCAGAAAAAUAAGGGAAUCAAUAAUCCAGUUAUAAAUUUAAAGGGAUUUAUGGUUGGUAAUGCUGUUACUGAUGAUUAUCAUGAUUAUGUUGGCACAUUUGAAUAUUGGUGGACCCAUGGUUUGGUUUCAGAUUCUACGUAUAGGAUGCUAAAAAUUGCCUGCAAUUUUGGGUCCUCUCAGCAUCCAUCAGUACAAUGCAUGCAGGCUCUCAGAGUUGCAACUGUGGAGCAGGGAAACAUUGAUCCAUAUAGCGUUUAUACACAACCUUGUAACGAUACAGCAUCACUCAGACGCGGCUUGAAGGGUCGCUAUCCAUGGAUGUCUCGAGCAUAUGAUCCCUGUACUGAAAGGUAUUCUGAUUUGUAUUUCAAUCGUCCAGAGGUUCAAAAGGCCUUUCAUGCCAAUGUAACUGGGAUCCCUUAUGCAUGGAAAGCAUGCAGUGAUAUUGUAGGGAACUAUUGGACUGAUUCUCCAUUAUCUAUGCUUCCUAUAUAUCAAGAACUUAUUAGUGCUGGUCUCCGAAUAUGGGUCUACAGUGGAGACAGUGAUGCUGUGGUUCCAGUGACUGCUACUCGAUAUUCAAUUGAUGCCUUGAAGCUACCUACCAUCAUCAAUUGGUACCCUUGGUAUGAUAGUGGCAAGGUUGGUGGUUGGAGUCAAGUUUAUAAAGGGUUGACAAUGGUUACAGUAAGAGGAGCUGGACACGAGGUUCCUCUUCAUAGGCCCCGCCAAGCAUUCAUUCUUUUUAGUUCAUUCUUGGAGAAUAAGUCCAUGCCAUCGACAAGUUAG